AUGGCUGUCGGUGGGGUCGGGACCUCUCUGCUGCUGAUGGCCGGCGUCAUGGUGACCGUGGGGCUGUGCCGGAGGGUGACCCGCCGCCGGCUGCGCACCCGCCAGCGCCUUUGCACUUUCCUUUUGGAGAUGUUUAGCACCUUCCAGAUUUGCGCCUGCACGAACGAGCUCAGCCUGCUCGGCAACGUGGAGCCGAAGCCGCACACCGCCCUCACCCUCACCUACGGCUUCACCGUCCUGCACGGCUUGACUCUGCCCGGCAGCACCUGCAACCCCUGUGGCACCUUGCAGCCGAUGUGGAGUGGUGGGACGUCGGUCAGGAUGGGUGGACUGAAGAUCGCCGCUCAGUUCCUGGCUGCGGUGCUUGCCAGGGUGGUCAUGCACUUUAUCUGGAGCCUGGAGAUGGCAGAGCCACAUUCUGGAGCGCUCUCACAGGGCUGCAGCAACCCCAUGCAGACUACAGAGAUGCAGGCGUUCUGCAUAGAACUGCUCUUUUCUGUCGUCUUCCAGCUCACCGUCCUGCGAGUGGAAAGGAUUAAUCCCAAAUACAAAGUUCAUUUGAUUGCUUUUCUCAUCACCAUGCUCGUGUAUGCAGGUGGAAAUCUGACAGGAGCAAUAUUUAACCCAGCCCUGGCUUUUUCAUUACAUGCCAAUUGUUUCUACGACAGAUUUCCAAGUUACUCACUCGUGUACUGGAUAGCACCAUCCUUAGGUACAAUGCUUGUGGCUUUCAUAUGGGAAGGGAUCCUCCCUCGGCUAUCCUCAGACAGCAGAUUCUGAAAUCUGGCAGCACCAUGUUAAAAAUGACUCCCAGCACCUGCAGAAAUGGAGCUUUCAGGAAACUGUUGACACUGAGUUGCAAGGCACCUUCCAGUUGUAUUUUCAGAUUUCACACUUGAAC